AUGGGUCCAGGGGAGUGUCGCCACGUGCGGAGAGGCGGGGACACGGCCCUGCUCUGGUUCUUAUCUGCGAAGGGUGCGGGCCGGUCCCCAAGCUCUCCAGCGGACCUGUCCGAGCCCUCCUCUUAUCUGCAAAGGGUGCAGGCCGGUCCCCAGGUUCUGCAGUGGACGUGUCCGAGGGCGCAGAGGCAGGAGCAGGCAGGUAAGAGGUGGCGCCCUCAGCGAGCCCUGCCUUCCCCGUGUCCACACGCGCCCCGGAGGAGCGGACGCCCGGACGCUGGACAGCUGGCCGCGCGCCCGCGGAGCUCCGAGCCGCGACCGGACCGGACCGGUCGCGCGGAGUUCGGGGCCGGCGCGGGGGCUUCCUCCGGGCCCCGCUUUGUUCUCCGGAUCUCGGGCGACCCAGGAGGCGGGGUGGGGGCGGCGAGGGGCCUCCCGCCCGCCCGGCUGCAGCGCCGCUUCUCUGUGCCCGCAGGUCGUGGCCGCCUCGGACCGCGGCGCCCCGCACCGCCCGCCCGGCCGCCGAGCCCGCGCCCCGAAGCCUCGCGGGGCGCCUGCGGGACGGCGAUGGGCCCGGGCCUCGCCCUGGCGGGACGGCGGCUGCUGCUGCUGCUGCUGCUGCUGCUGGCGUGGCGUGCCCCCGCGGCCACCGGGCUGGGCGCGGCGGGGCCCGCGGCCGCCUUCAGCGAGGACGUGCUGAGCGUGUUCGGCGCCAACCGGAGCCUGUCGGCCGCGCAGCUGGCGGGGCUGCUGGAGCGGCUGGGGGGCGCCCCCGAGGGCGAGGGCGAGGGCGCGGGCGCCGUGCCCCCCGGCCAGCUGCACUUCAACCAGUGCCUAUCUGCUGAGGAUCUAUUUGCCCUGCAUGGCUUCUCCAACACCACUCCACUGAGCAGCUCCGACCUACCUAUCAUCUGCCCUGCCAUCCUCCAGCAGCUCAACUUCCAUCCCUGUGAGACCCGUCCCACACUCAGCUCGAAGCCCAGCAUCUCAGAAGUGUGGGGCUAUGGAUUUCUGUCGAUCACGUUUAUCAACAUGGCAUCUCUCCUGGGGCUGGUUCUGACUCCGUUGAUCAAGAAAUCCUACUUCCCCAAGAUCCUGACCUACUUUAUAGGACUGGCAAUCGGCACACUGUUUUCCAAUGCCAUCUUCCAGCUCAUUCCCGAGGCCUUUGGCUUCAAUCCCAAGGUUGACAACUAUAUUGAGAAGGCUGUCGCUGUGUUUGGUGGAUUUUAUAUACUCUUCUUCUUUGAGAGAGUUCUUAAGAUACUAUUGAAAACAUAUGGCCAGAAUGACCACACCCACUUCGGAAACGAGGACUUUGGAGUACCCCAAGAGAAAAUGCCAUCCCCAAAAGCGCUGCCUGCCCUGAAUGGGGUACAGACGUGCUAUGCCAACCCUGCCGUCACGGAGCCCAAUGGACACAUCCACUUUGACAAUGUCAGCGUGGUGUCCCUACAGGAUGGGAACCAGGAGCCACGGUCCUGCGUCUGUCUGCCAGGGCCCAAACUGUCAGAGAUUGGGACCAUUGCCUGGAUGAUCACGCUCAGCGACGCUCUGCACAACUUCAUCGAUGGCCUGGCCAUCGGUGCAUCCUUAACCGUGUCUCUGCUGCAGGGUCUCAGCACAUCCAUCGCCAUCCUGUGUGAAGAGUUUCCCCAUGAGCUGGGUGACUUCGUGAUCCUGCUUAACGCCGGAAUGAGCACGCGGCAGGCACUGUUCUUCAACUUCCUCUCGGCCUGCUCCUGCUAUGUCGGCCUGGCCUUUGGCAUUUUGGUGGGCAACAAUUUUGCACCAAAUAUUAUAUUUGCACUAGCUGGAGGCAUGUUCCUUUACAUUUCUCUGGCAGAUAUGUUUCCAGAGAUGAAUGACAUGCUGAGAGAAAAGGUAACGGGCAGGAAAACGGACAUCACCUUCUUCAUGAUACAGAAUGUGGGCAUGCUGACAGGCUUCACAGCUAUCCUGCUCAUCACUUUGUAUGCUGGAGACAUUGAGCUGGAGUAGAAGCAAGUGGAAGAAGGCAUGACCACCUGGGCACUGAAUGGGUAAAACACCUCCAACAGGAUUUUUUUAAGCACAUUCUUUUUAGUUCAAAGAUUAUGUUCAACCGUAGGCCCCAAACCAGAUCAAACCAAAAAUGACAGAUGAAUGGUUUCUGAAGUAUGGAAUCAGUCGCUAUUUGUUGUUUUGAAUGCUCCAAAGGGGUCUUCAUUCCAGCUGAUGUCUGGCACUUGAGGUCUUUAGAAAAUCAUGACAAAUGAGGAAGUUGACAAUAUUUAUACACAGACCCAGAGAACAAGUGCCACAGCCACAGGUGCUGGUAAAACUCAAGGGUAAGAGCACCAAGGACAGGGUUUUCUUUUAACAAUCUCCGUUGAAGUUUUUUUCAGAAAGGGCAAGAAUGUCCCAAUGAAAAAGAAAUUUAAAGCAUCACCACCGUGAUAAAGGCCUCUUGGACUCCCUCGCCCGUGGCAAAAAGCCCCUUACAGCUGGUGCUGUUUUGUAUUGUGGCGAGGUACUUGCAUCAGAUUUCUGGAAAACCAGCCUACAAUGAUGGUCAUGAUGAAAUGAAUAAAGUUUCUUACUUCUGCUGUGUUCUGACAUGGAUUCUUUACCUGUGAGUGUGAUUCUGCUUCGAGGCGGCCCGCCAGGCUCUUCUGUGCCUGGUGGGAGCAGGUUGGGGACCUGCUGUUUCAGACGAGGUGCUGAGGAGAGAAGUUGUCAGCAUAUGGAAAGAAAUCAAGUGUAAUUUUCAGCAAUCUACUUUCAGAGAUACUGCUCAGAAAAUACUCUUUGCAGAGUAAAUAAAUGUACAACAGUGGGGAGACGGUUGUAUGUCAAGACUAACUCCGUCACUUAGAAGCAUAAGUGCCCUACAGAUAACUGAGCGCCAUUUGGGAUGGGCUUCUUUCUCUUCUGUCGACAUUUCUUUUCUCUAUGGUCUAUCUUGGAAAAUCAUUCAGCACACUAGUUAUUUUUCUGUCAUGAAAGACGGAGUCUAUUUUACCCACUUGGCAGACGUAAGAAGUUGGUCUACAAUUGGAAAUUCUAAUCCUAAAUCACACUGCCAAGAUGCUUAAGAGAAGAUGAUGUGACCGUGAGGAAAAUGAUAAAAAUGAACAAUGACCUCAGGUAUUACAUUUUCCUACAGAGCAAAAAGUAUCAAAUCAAUAAUGUAGAUUAGAUGGACAAAUAUUUAACAUGGAUGAAGAAUAAACAUUUUACUUUAUAAUGGAUAAGUAAAUAUGUUUGGUUAGGAGCCCAGAAAAGCACCUUUGAAGUCAUAUGCAACAUUAUUCAUUAUAAAUCUGUAUCCUUUUUGAAUGAUUCAUGUAUCUGAUAUUAUGGGUAAAGAUAAAUGAGAAAAAGAUGAUAAGUUUUUAUAGAUGUUUAACAAAUAAAUACUGUCAAGAGCAAUAUUCAUUAGAGACAGCAAAUAUAGUUUUAUUUU